AUGUUACGCCGCCGACAGCAGAGGGCAAACAUUGAGUUCAAGAUCGUUAUGAAGGAUCUUUGGCUACAACCAUUCUUAAGGAUCCAAAGACUUCUUCGAACCGACGUGGAAUCUUCGAAGAAAAUUCCUGGGGUUCUUUGGAUGGGGUUUCCGAAGCUAAAGUUAGGCGAGCGUGACAGGCAACUGGAGAAGCUCCGAGACAAUGACAUAAAUCUUUCAGGCAACUGGCCCUCCAGUUGGAUCGCCGGGCUCCCUGAGGAUUACUCUGCAAUCGUGCGAAAUCAAGUUUCCCUUUGCAAAGAGAAAUAUCGUAUUUCUCCGACCAACCGGCAAAAUGCGGGGGUCCACCUCCAAAAACCGAAGGCUCUCUCACAUUCGUUCGAACAGACGAGAGCUCAAGAGAGGGUGGACCCUCAAAAAUCGGCAGCCCCUCUAGGGUACUUUGUAGGCCCUUUGACAUUUAGUGGAUAUAUCUUCCGUCAUUAUGGAUUCCGUAUCACCUUCAUUGUCGGAUUGGUUAUCUACGGCGUCGGCUGUAUCGUAUUCUGGCCUUGUGCCGUCCUACAGACAUAUCCAGGCUUCAUCAUAUCAAAUUUUAUCAGCGGACUCGGUGUAGCUACGAUUGAGGUCGCAGCAAAUCUAUUCGUUGCUAUAUGCGGACCGCCGGAACAUUGGGAAGCCAGAUUGAAUCUGUCGCAGGGUGCUCAAGCAAUCGGGAACGUCUUCGCGCCAAUACUCGCUGACAAGGUCAUCUUCCGACGGGAUGAAAGGUCAUCGAAUUCGGAGUGGCUUAUAAGCGUACAAUGGGGUUAUUUGGGCGUCGCUUUCUUCGACUUUGCCCUUGCUUUGUUCUUCUGGUAUGUUCCAUUACCAGAAUGCAAGGAUGCGGAUUUAACCCGAGUCAACAGAUGGCGUCCAGCAAGAUCGCUUGAUGAAAAGGCACAGAAGCGACUUGUUGGGAAAAAGGCACUGUUACUUAUCGGUGUAUGGGCGCAGUUUUGCUAUACUGGUGCUCAAGAAAUCAUUACCGUCAACGGCCCAAACCUCAUUAAUAUCUUCUCGCCUACUUAUGUUAACAAAACAAACACCUACCUUUGGUCCGCCGAAGGUCUCCUUGCGUUUGGUCGCCUCGCCGGCGGGGUCGGCAUGUUCUACUUCCCAGCCCGAUGGUGGUACCUCAUCUUCGCAUCCGGAUGUGUCGUUACAUCCACGCUCCUCGUGGGACUGCAGUAUACGACGACAAACGCCGAGGCCAUAAUCGCACUUCGCAUGCUUCUUCAAUUCUUCGAAUCAAUACUCUUCCCUACCAUCUUCGCCAUUUCACUACGCGGCCUAUCAGGUAGAAACGUGAAGUGGGGUGCCUCAUGGCAAGUGCUCGGAGUCUGUGGUGGAGCUGUAUGGCCACCGAUAUAUCAAGCAAUAAGGGGUCGGUACGAGCCGAACAGCAGUAUGGGGAGCCGAGUUGCUUGGGUUCUUGUCGUUGUACUCUUUAGUGUGGGGCCGGGCUUGCAAGCUUUCUUAGUGAACUUUAAGCCAAGUUGGAGGCAAAAGUUGGAUGGGUUAAGCAAACGGAAGCUGAGGGAGAGAUACGAGAGUGAUGGGACUAUCGGUGGGAGAUUGGACAGGGUGAAUGAUCAUGUUGCUUGA